GAUUAAAUAUUGAUAAGAGGAGAUAACUCCGAUUUUAAUAACUCAUGUGACGGGCAAUGUGGUCUUACCUUCAGUUCAUUAGCUAGCUGAACAUUAUUUCAACUAAUCCUACCUUUGCUUAUAAUCGUCUAUUAAUUAUGUCUAUUAAUUAUCGGUGCAUUUGCUUACUUAAAACCGUCACAAUUCAUUUGGCUUUGUUUGCAUCCUCAUUCGAAGACGAUCAGUUUAUUUUUAAAGAGAAAGAUUCUCCGAUUCAGUCAAGUUUCCAACAGACAACUGCUUACUCAAAGGUCACGGACUGGGACGUCUUCCUGCACUCCUCUUCGGCUAUUCUAGGAGUGGAAUCCUUCGUUCCAGUAGACGAGCAGGGUUUUUGGAUCGUUGGGUUCGUGUCAAGACCUGUACAGGAUGUUUACGCUAUGAUAUCGAACUUGGGACAAAUGAAAAUGUUGAAAGAUGAAUAUAGGAAUGGUUACUGCUCCAGUUUGCCUUAUUUCUACAACUACACUAUAUCAGAUAUAUUAGAAAACGAUUCUCUUUACAAAGAAGACAACUCUGGAGAACCUCUUUCAAUCUUUGACUGGAGAUCUCGACCUCCAUAUAACCCUAUAAUUGCUGUUGGUGGAAACGAAUAUGACAAAUCCGCACUCAAAGCUAUGUCAGCUACACUAAGAACCCUGAUGAACUGUAUGAACAUGUCCAGUGAGUAUAAGGAUGGAGCGGUUGUAUACAAGAAGAACCUAUUUCACACUUACAUUAGAAUCAAGGAGGACUGUGUGAACGUACCCAGGUUUGACGCGACCCAGUGUAUCGAAAUAUUGGAGCGUUCCACUCUGCUAGUCUGGAAACUGACCACCCACAUUCUGGUGGACAGCAGCAUCGCCACUACAGCUCACGAGUGGGUCACUGAAUCUCACCAUGUCACGGCCGGGGGUUACGACAUGAGCUACUUCCAGUACUCCUCCGCCCAGGGCACAGAAGUGGUUGAGGGAGAAGUAAGCUUGAAUCUGACAUUCAGCGUUGCGGAGGAUGAAUACUACUUUUACAUACCGCAGUCUUUCAGGAUAACAGGGCCAUACUUUCUGGAUUCAGAUGGUCUUGACGAAUGGGUGCUGCUAGACAUCACAAACAUAAACCUCACUGAACCACUCCAGUUCGUUACUGUCAAACAAAAUGUUGAUAUUGAAAUUAAAGGAGACAAUCAUAUUACCUCGGAGAUUUACACCAAAUACCUUGCUGGAACUAAAUUCCCCAUUUCUCUUCUACCCAGGGGGCUGUCCGAUACUAUUAGCUUUCAGUUUAAAUUUGUAAACGGCUGGAACAAGACCCGAGAGAAGGUGUCUGUGAAACAAGAAUUUGGUUUCAUUACCUGUAACUCUGAGGUAGACGGGGUUACAGACCAAAUGUGUAGGUUUGGUCACACUCUAACCACUAUUUCUACUGGAGUUGUGAUUGAAGUAGAGUCUGAAACUCAAGCGUACUAUACUGCAGAAACUGAGGUCAGCUGGUCAAUAAGACUACUUUCCGUGUCGGCAGGUAAUGGAGAUAACAUCGGCUCACAGCUCAACGAGACCUUAAAUCGUCCACUCUACUCGAGUGAAUCUCUGUUUGUUGACUUCUCUAUCUAUCCCAAAUACGUAUUAAAGAACAGGGAUAUCCAUCUGAUGUAUCUGACCCUGACCCUCCUAUCCAACAAUGAGUACAGUUAUUCCUACCUAAUCUAUAUGAACUCAUCCUACGAGAGUGAGGCACCUCCCAAUUUAGCCGGGUAUCAAGACAGACAGCUGGACUCAUUCGGCCAAUUCAGCUGCUCCUCAACUGGUAUUUGUUCGCUUAUGUUAGUCUCUGAAGUGUUCGCAACCUCACCGACUGGAAAAUACACACUGACUCUAGCUCUGAAACUGGAGGAUAGCGAUAAACGUUCCAAACGUUCUUCUCCCCCACAGAUUACAUCUGAACUGGAUUCUGAGUCUUCAACCCAAUCAUUUGAACUUGAUUUCGGGUAUGAGAUAAAAUGCGCAGAACACGGACGUUCGUUUGCUCUUUGGAAUGUCGGGUCAUCAUGGGUCAACGUCCUGGGAUUUUGGUGGUGCCUCAGACAGGAAUUUUGUUAAAGAGGAUUAAUAUUUCAUACUGAGAGAGUCAACUGUUUUAAUUUGUAUUUUUUCCAAUUUAUAGUAUGUUAUUAAUUAUAAUUUGUAAUUAUCUCUAUGUUGUUUCUUUUGCUGUUUUAUGUUCAUUAUUAAUUGAUCACCCAAUGUAAUGAUUUUAAUCAUACACUUUUAAACACUUCAAUAAACUCUACAUCCAAGCU